CUACAUUCCACGGUACACUAUGGAACAGGGAAGGUUUGUUCAGGAUCGGUGCGCCAUCAGUGSGGUGUGGGUCACURUAUCAUUAUCAGAUUUCGGUAUAGGCAUACCUGCUGCUCAGAUGGYUGGAGCUCUCUGUGGCCUCAUACGAUWAUCAACUGUGCGGCUCAGCCUUCAGGCGGGGACAGUUGACAGACGGAGGAUUCGGGAAGCAUGCAAGGUGUACGCAGUGCACCGCAAAGUCGCAGGCAGUCACGGAGUGCGAGACGAGCUCGAGGCGGAGACAUUGRCGCCCACGCGGUUACGCAGGAAGACGAAGGGAGAAGUGUUAAUGAGGGUGCGAGUGUGGAAGAGRGAUUUGGUUGAUGACACRGCAGCRCACCAGCGCACUGAAGACWGGUAUAUGGGUAUCGCUUUGUCAUAUGGUGAGAAGAAGCGRCGAGAUACUUCRUUAAGGCUUUCUCUUUGCAGUAGGCAAAAGAGUAUACUUAGAGAUCUUCCGCGCGACAGGCUUGAUUUCCCAGAAGUCCUUAAGCUCGCGAUAAAGGCAAAGGCAGACGAUUACAAGGACUUGGUGUGGAGGGGGAUGAGGAGACGUGACUUCUCUCUCUACAAGGAGUAUGCCACUGAUAGAUGUCCUGAUUUAAAGGACUAUCCCUGGUCGGAGAAGAAUGAGGCCGUGGCUGAGGAAGUGAAGGAGAUACGAGACAUGGUGAAGGGAUUGACGAGACAGGUUACAGAGAUUGUAACCACUACAGGGGCCACGGCCUACCGGGACAAACCUGGAGGGCCCUAUUCACUUCGCUGGGACCGUAGGAACAACGAUUCCUGGAGGAGUGUCGAGGAUAGAAAUCCUCGGAUGCUGACUGAUUAUCGUACGAGGGGAAGAGAGAGAGACGAUGAGCCAUGGCGACGUAGAGACAAUGAGAUAGACCGGGACCGCAUAGAUCGCGUGCCGUUUGUGCGAGCAAGGAGGCUGGAUGAUUACCCGCGAAGCCCUCGCUAUGAGGCCGAUCGGGGUAGAGGCGACUCCCGCGGCCGAUGGGAGACAGAUCAGGGCCGACGAGAUGGAUGUAGGGACGACAGAUAUGAGAGAUCGGACCGAGAUGGAUAUAGGGACGACAGAUACGAGAGGUCGGGUCGAGAUGACUACAGAGGAAGUAGAUAUGAAAGAGGAGAUCAGGACUGGGAACGACAAGAUGGGUCGCGCGGACGGUUUGAGCGCGGGGGAGAUGCGAGAGAGCAGCGCGACGAGUCGCGGGGGUGGUACAACCUAGGGGACCGACGCGAUGAGUCACGAGGACGAUAUGACUCGGGGGACCGCCGGAAUGAUUCGCGGGGGCGGUAUGAGCAAGGAGGGCCUGGAGGAGAUCGGCGCAACGAUUUGCGCGGUCGGAAUGAGAGAGGGGGAUAUGGCGUCUCGUCAGAACCAUAUCCCAAGUCGCCUGACCCCAAGGCGGCCAGGAGUUCGAUCUCUCGAGGCGCAUACGACAGGGCAUCUACUCCCAGGAACUCAUGCGUCUACUGUAGAGGAGAAGAUCAUAUCAAGAGGGAUUGCCCGAACCUCAGACGGGCAAUAGAUGAGGGACUUGUCGUACUUGACGACCGCAAGUACGUGAAACUAAAGACGAGUAAAGGAAUGAAGCCGGUCAGGAGCCAGAGCAUCAAGAUAACCUUUGAGGGGGAUAUCGCGACCACACCCAUAAGGGUGGCAGCCACCAAAUCGGCAAGAGGAUCUACAUUGAAGAAGACUGGCACGGAUUACAUGAUGGCGGAGAAGGACGGGCAGCGGGUCGAUGGAGAGGAGGUUAUCCUUUCACCGCGAAAGCGGGGAGUGAAGAAGUUCUUAAUGAAGAGUUCGCUGGACGAGAUUGACACGGUCGAGCCAUUGAGGCGGGCCCUUCGGCAACCCAUGCAGUGCUCUAUUCUGGAGUACCUGGCGGCAUCGAAGCCGGCUCUUAAUGAAUUACAGAUGAUUACGCGGAAGACUCGCAUACCUCGACCAGAGGAGGGUCAGGGGGCCCCUAAGGCGGAAGCUUCUACAGUAGCAGUAACGGAGGUGACCGCCAGAGCGGAUCGCAUGGCGACAGUCCUUCUCGAUGGUAUGGAAGGUGUGCCUCCAGACAAGUUUUAUAUACUUGGUAGCGGGGCCGUGGAGAUGAUUAUAAACGAUGGAGCAGUACUCGAUGCUGUGAUCGAUAACGACAGUGAGGCUGUCAUCAUAGACGAGGACCUGGCAGUACAGGUUGGACUGGACCUCGAUAGGUCAUACCUAUUCGAGAUAGAGAUGGCUGAUGGGAGAAAGAAACAGAUCACUGGGGUUUGUCACAAGGCAGCCAUAGAGGUCCAAGGGGUACGAGUGACCGUGCCUGUUUUUGCGGUCAAGAACUGCAGCUCCAACCUGCUCUUGGGUCGAACGUGGCUGAGCCACGUGCAUGCGGUGACGAUAGAGCGACCUGAUGGGAGCCAAAAAUUGUCCAUUAGGAAGCCAGAAGGGACGCGGGUAAUGAUUGAGACAGUGGAGCCUCGGGACCCGAGGAACAGAGCAGCUCUCGCUGUGGGUGCAAGACCCAGUGAUCAGAUUAAGUCGUUACCUAUCUCCGGCCGCGCCGUGCGAUUUUGCGAGAAGAGAUAUGGACCACUGCUCACAGAGGAAGAAGGACGGAUCGUGGAGGUGGAAGAUUUAGAGAGUCGGCUAAUAAUGGACGGCAACUCGUACCCAAAGGAAAAAGAUGAGGAAUUUGGCGGUGUGGUAUCCGUGUCUUUUUUAAGGGCACGGCCCCCUAUGGGGGGCUACUCAAGCGACAUGAGCGAGUAGCUCAAAAAGUUAAGCCAGCGGCGGUGGGCCGCGAGC